AUGAAUUUCUUCCUGGGGAUCAUUUCCUGUCUCUCUCUACUUUUCUGCUAUGCGAGAUCAGCAAUCAGUCCUCCGAACACUGUCGAGCUUGCUCUAACGAGUAGCGUUGAUGACACUGAUGUGCGCGGCAUGGCCUACUACGCAAAUGUGACCGUUGGAACUCCUGGUCAGUUACAGACUCUUCUGAUCGAUACUGGAAGUAGUGAUACAAUCCUCUCCGCCAUGAACUCCUCUUCUUGCACAGCUCGUGGCUGUUUCAACGGCCAGUUUGAUCCGAACAUAUCAUCGACACUAGAGAUAACUUACCCUGGAGCUCUUGAUGCGGGCUAUGUCGAUGGUUCUCGGAAANAGGGCGAUCUCAUCACAGAUAUGAUACAGAUGAACAAUGUGAGGAUCGAGAACNUUCCUGUGGGACUUGCCUACCAGGUCAAAGAUCGAUAUCUCCCCAAUGUGGGAAUCAUGGGUCUCGGAUACUCAAGUAACAUGGCUCAUGUGAGACACCGCACUAGAGUGAAGAACUUCCCGAGCUUUGUCGAGGCGCUUGUUCAAGGUGGUGCUAUCCCAUCACGCUUCUAUAGCAUUUACUUGAAUGCGCUGGAUCUGCAUGGCUCUAUAUUGUUUGGCGGGCUCGAUACUGACAAGUAUGAGGGUCCACUGACCACGCUCAACCUGUUGAGUCUGGACCAAGAAUCUGUUGAAAACUUCUACCUAUAUCUGGAAUCAGUCACAAUGAAACCUCAUGACGGGCCGAACCAGACUAUCGUCAGCUCUACUAAGGGCAGGAAGAUUCUGACCGUUCCGGAUACAGGAACCCCUGGAUGGCAAUUGCCGACUAGUGCAUAUCAUAAGGUGCUUGGAUAUGCGGGAGUCGAACCAGCAGAUGGGGAAUAUCCUGGCACUGAUAUCGCUGAUGACGGCUUCGUUAGGCCCUGCAGUGACGUGGCUCGUGGUCUCGCAAACACUACCCACUUUGAGAUUACUUUUGCUGGUAUUGGAACCAACACCGCCGUACUGAAAUUUGAGCUAGCUGAUCUCUUCACUCCACUUACAUCCAAGGAUGGAAGUGCCGUGACAGAUCGUUUCGGUCGACCAAUGUGCUGGCUACGGGUUGACGAGGCUGAAGAAGGGUUUUUGGUUACAAGCAACAGUGUGAUGAGGGCGGGUUACUGGGUAUUCGAUCUGGACAAUGGCCAAGUGUCGCUGGCGCAAGCUAACCUCGACGCACGCUCGUCGAACGUAGUACGUGUCGAAGCCGGUACAGACGGAUUAAGUUUGGCCAUGCGCGUGGCAGAUUCUGAUGAGGGAGGA